AUGGCUUCUCGGCGGUCCAACAUUGAGAACGCAUACGGGGAAACGUGCAAUUGGUUUCUCAAUCAUCCCACGUACUUAGAAUGGCUCGAAGCGGAAAAAUUAGCCCACCAUCAUGGCAUUCUAUGGCUCAGUGGCAAGCCUGGCGCAGGCAAGUCAACAAUCAUGAAGUUUAUUUACACGCGUUUGAAGGAGACUGAAGACGGCACAAAGUCUGCCACUGUCUCCUUCUUCUUCAAUGCUCGAGGCGAGCUAUUAGAAAAGUCGACAACGGGCUUGUAUCGAUCCUUGUUGCUUCAAUUGUUAGAGGCAUUUCCUCAUCUCCAACAAGUGUUUGAUGAUCUAUCACUCAUUCCUGAGAAUCGGCAUGAUUGUCCCACAACACACAUCAUUCGGAAGCUUUUUCGCCGCGCAGUCCUUUUGCUCAACUCACACGCCCUUACCUGUAUCGUUGAUGCUCUCGACGAAUGCGACGAACAGCAGAUUCGCGACAUGGUAGGAUACUUUGAAGAACUGGGACGAGACGCAGUCAAGAGCAAUAUCCAACUUCGAAUAUGCUUCUCUAGUCGCCACUACCCAUAUAUCUAUAUUGAACAUGCACUUCGGCUUACACUGGAAGAUCAGACAGGCCAUGGCCAAGAUCUAGAGCAGUAUAUCAAAAGCCGGUUUAAACCCAACUCUAACCAUUUCGGCGAUAUUAAGGCACAAAUUCUUCAAAAAGCAGCGGGUGUUUUUAUGUGGGUUGUUUUAGUUGUCAAUGUCCUCAAUGCAGAAUUCGACCGAGGCCGUAUUUUUGCUGUUCGGAAGCGACUCCGAGAAUUACCUCCCGGAUUGAGUGAUCUGUUUAAAACGAUUUUGAAAAGGGAUGGCGAGAAUAUGCAAGAGCUUCUACUUUGUGUUCAAUGGCUACUCUAUGCAAAGCGGCCACUGAAGCCCGAAGAAUUUUACUUUGCCAUUCUGUCAGGAUUGUCAGAUGACAGCCUCUCAGAGUGCGAUAUUUCUCAAAUUACUAGCGAUAUCAUGAGAAAAUUUGUCAUAAGCUCUUCAAAGGGGCUCGCUGAAGUUACGAAAUCCGAGUUUCCAACAGUCCAAUUCAUUCACGAGUCAGUUCCAGAUUUUUUACUCAAGGACGGUGGUCUUCUUGAUCUCUUGCCAGACUUUGAAGGCAAUGUCAACACCUUAAGCCAUGACACGCUUAAGAAAUGCUGUUAUGCUUAUUUCAAGUUAUGUAUACCGAUAUGCUCUUCGGUAAACAAGCUCUUCCUAGAAGGCGACCCGGCAACAUUGCCUUCCAAAUUUCCAUUUGCCGAGUAUGCUCUUCUGCAUAUGCUAUAUCAUGCAAACAUUGCGGCAUGUGAAGUUUCUCAGAAACCUUUCUUAUUACAGUUGGAGCUCCAGCACUUGAUUACUCUCAACACUUCCGAUGCAUUGCUUUACUGGUCGCACACGCCGAGCUCAACUUUGGCCUACAUCCUUGCGGCAGAAGGCUUGCCAAAUUUGAUUCGCGCAUGCCCCCCUCAGGAUUUACAUGUUGAAGUUCCAGGGACACGAUAUCGGUAUCCCCUUUUUGUUGCUCUAGUCAAUGGGCACGAAGACGCUGUUCGGGCGCUUUUAGGAUGGAACGCACACCAUACUGACGAGGAAGAUAUUAUGCGACCUUUAAUAUUUGGGGUAUAUGGUGCCAUCGCCAAGCGUCAAACACCUCUUCAUUGGGUAGUGAGCAACAACCGAGAGGCAACCGUGAGGCAGCUCCUCAAAAUGGGUGCAGAUAUCGACGCAAGAGACGGUAAAAGUAACACGGCGUUGCUUUUGUCAAUUCAUCAUGGCCAUGGUGCUAUUAUGAAGUAUCUUAUCGGACACGGAGCUAAUAUCGACGCAAAAGAUCUUGGCGGCCGAACUGCGUUAUUGAUGGCUACCAAAUAUGAAAACCAGGAUACUGUGACUUUUCUUCUUGAAAAUGGUGCGGACAUCAAGGCAAGAGAUGAUGUUGGACGGACAGCGUUACUAAUGGCUACUAUAUAUAACAACCAUGGUAUAGCGAAACUGCUUGUGGAGAAGGGCGUGGAGAUCAAUGCAAAAGACCACUUUGGCAAUACAGCACUAAAGCUGGCUGUUCUAUAUAGGAAUCGGGAUAUUGUCAAGCUUCUUCUUGAAAAUGGUGCAGAUGGGAGCGGCUGGAUAGCAUAA